CUUGGCCACCAAUAGUAUGGGCAUAUGAGAGCAGAUCACAUAAUGUUGGGUCUCAAAAUUCAGUUUCUUCUUCUCUUUAACUUCCGUAUUAGUGGAGCGUCCUGCAAGACAGAUGCAAGCUAAUUUAAAGAAGAACACGAAAAGAAAAGCCUCCACCCCUAGCUAACAGUCAACGUUAGUGAAGCUAGCUGCGCCUAGUAACAUAACGGCGGACGUGUUCGUGUCAGGCUAACUAGCCAAACGUUUAGCUACGUUAACGUGUUCGGUACUAGCUGGGCGCUGGGUUAGCGAGCCACCGCAGCGAAACCCGCACAGCUGAAUGAGUUGCAGGGACACUAAUGGACGUAACGUUAAGGAGCUGCCCCUGCUGCUGCUGAUUAUCCCGAGAAGAAACGACACCACUAGGACCGGCGCGUCCCAUUCCCCGUUUGUGGACCCAGAAGGAGCGCAACACCCCUCAUCACAGGUGCAUCUUGACCAACCAUCGGACUGGAUUCACUUCUUCUUUUGACCCAGGACGAACUGUUGAGGUUGAUAUUCAAUUCCAAAUGAACAACCCAGGAGGCCGCUGAUCAGCAUGGAAUUCUGCUUUCGGCGUUGGAGGAGGAUACUUCAAACCUGAAACACCUCAAACUACCAAUGGCCCCAGAAGUCUAUGGCUUCCACUCUUAAAAGCCACAAUUGUUCACAUUUUUGUUGAGGUCCGUUUUAGGACGUUGCUGCGGAGAGGCCGUAUCCUCCAAGGGAUUGCUGUGGGAGGAUUUAUCCAAACCUCAGAGCUCUCUGCUGGGGAAGGAAGCAGAGGAACGACCCUGGAAGUCCCUGGAGAAGGGGGACAACUUGAAAACAGCUUGCAGCUGGAAAGCUGACAGUUACAUAACUAACGGGCACAGCCAUCCACGAACACAGUGGAGCAAGGAGACUUGGGGGGGGGGUUCUAUGUUGCAAGUGCUGGCUGAUGUAAGAGAUAAUACCAUCUCUUUUAAACAUUUAAUUUACAUGGAUACCAAUGGAUGUUCUAGUGGAUCUCUCCCCAGAUGUUUUGGAAAGAACCACAGCAUCACCUCCUGCUUUUUGUCUUCCAAUCCCAUCCCUUGUGCACGCCAGCAGGUGAGGUGGUUUGAAUUGGCCACCGGCAGCGUUUAGUGAUGCCCCGACACAGGAAAACCAGGCUACUCUACUGGCCCGUUUACAGACUGCUGUUUCUAAUACGAGUCCUGGACUGAAAGCAAAUUGUCUCCUUUUCUAACACAGAUUAAGAGCUUGUCACUUUUUAUUUGCAAAACAUUUUCUAACCUUGCUCCAGCUGCCCCCAAACUGCUGUUGCGUGUUCUCCACACAUUUUGCUUGCACAGACUUAGCAACAAACAAGCCCAUUUCCCACAUUUAAGGUCUUGACCUGCACAUUUUCUAAGCUGAGGAAAGUUGUCAUUCCAUCCUUUUUUCUUCUUCUUUUAUUUCUGCUCCAUUUGUCUUUCAGCUUCAUUUCAUUUCUUCCGGUUUCUACCAAACCAGGCCUACCUCUGCCAACUCUUGUCCCUCACUAACCCUCCUCUAUAGACCAGUCCGACUGGAUGAGUUCACAUCAGGUGCAAGGUUCAUCAGUUCAGCUCAGGUUCUCCGUUUGUUAGGAUUGGAAUGGACUUCCACGGCACCAAAUAAUUUGUGUGUUUUAAUGGAAGGGUCCACAUCAUGUUUUGAUAUCUCAAUAACAGCAAUCUUUUUGUAAAUUUCACAACUAUCAUGUGUUUCACUAAGCCUUCAUUCACCUUGCUGUACAUCAAUCAGAUGCUCUAUAUUUAGACACAUUGUACUCGUGUGAAAACGGACCAGGAGGAAGUGUCCGUUGUUCUAGGCUUGUAUUAGUAAUUGAUUGCCAUUUUGGGUAGAACAGAGGGGAACUAGUGUUGUGUAUUUCAACUCUUUAAGAGAGCUCUGUACAGACAACCCCUCCGUAACAAUCCGUGGCUUAUUGUUCAUCCUGCCUUCCCACCUGUUUUCUGGCUAACAGGGAAAAAAGGCUUUUCGAGCAGAGCUACUUGUAGGUUUAUUUUAAUCUCACACACACACACACACACACACACACACACACACACACAGACAGUAGAUCAGGAUAGACCUAAGAUCCUAAGACAACAAGCAAUUGCUGCACCCCCUUCUCCGUGUGGUGAAGAGCGUUUCCCACGUCAACGUGAAAGAGGAAGCCCCUCUCAUUCAUCCCUCCAUCUGUCCUUUUACAUAUAUAUAUUUUUUUCAUUUCUACACCCAAACUAUAAACCCACACAAUACACCAGACCAAAAAGAACAUUUAAACUUCACGGCAUAGCAGCUGCGGAACAGACACACCCACCGCUACACAAAGGAAGUGAUGCCAGGUGGCAGCAGUAAGAGUGGAAUGCGGGGUCCAUCCUCGUCCCCCCUGCCCCAUACCGUGGUCCCAGCCACCAGACCCCUGAGACCCUCCCGCUACGUCCCGGUGUCGGCCGCCGCUUUCUUCCUCGUUGGCUCCACCACGCUCUUUUUCUGCUUCACGUGUCCGUGGCUCUCCGAGCGUUUCUCCGUCGCUGUGCCCAUCUACAAUGGAGUCAUCUUCCUGUUUGUUCUGGCUAACUUCUGCAUGGCCACGUUCAUGGACCCGGGCAUCUUCCCGAGAGCUGAGGAGGACGAGGACAAAGAGGAUGAUUUCCGUGCCCCCCUCUACAAGACUGUGGAGAUCAGAGGGAUCCAGGUCAGGAUGAAGUGGUGUUCAACCUGCCGCUUCUACAGGCCGCCACGGUGCUCGCACUGCUCCGUCUGUGACAACUGUGUCGAGGACUUCGACCACCACUGUCCUUGGGUAAACAACUGCAUCGGCAGGAGGAACUACCGCUACUUCUUCCUCUUCCUUCUGUCUCUGACUGCUCACAUCAUGGCAGUGUUUGGCUUUUGCCUGUUCUUUAUCCUCUACCAUCGGCAGAACAUCGACCGCCUGCACGCCAUCGUCACGCUGGCUGUAAUGUGUGUUGCAGGUCUGUUUUUCAUCCCUGUUGCUGGCCUCACUGGUUUCCACUUAGUGCUCGUGGCCAGAGGCAGGACUACCAAUGAACAGGUAACGGGGAAGUUCAGAGGGGGCGUUAACCCCUUCACCAAUGGCUGUUGGAAGAACGUCUCUCAUGUCCUCUGCAGCUCACAGGCACCCAGGUAUCUGGGCAGAAAGAAGUGUGUGCAGAGUGUGUGUGUGCAGCCUCCUUUUCUGCGGCCACAGCUGACAGAGGCCCAGCUGGCUGCAAAGAUCCUGGACAACGGCAUACAGGGAGACCUGCACCGGUCUAAGUCCAGUCUGGAGAUGAUGGAGAGCCAGUCCUGUGACGCUGAGCCUCCACCUCCUCCGAAACCAGAGCUCCGCUACCCUGGAAUCACCAGAGGAAACACAGAGGAGUGCAGUCUACUGAACAAAGCCCCUCCCACCCCCACCAUGUACAAAUACAGGCCCAGCUACAGCCCCGGCAAGAAGCACACAGCGCUCACACACGCUUACGCCAACCAGUUAAGUCGAGGCGAGAGUGUUGGCAGUGCCAGGGACUCCUCCACCGCCUCCCUCCUUCAGGCUAGCCAGCAGCCUGGUUUCCGCUCCCAGCCGAGCCUGGACCGGAGAGACCCUCCACCUGAACGAGUGGGCGUCGGAGGAUGUGGGGAGAGGAGGGAGGGCAGACGAGAGGUGGGGGCAGGAGGCAUCCCUGGCUACUCCCUGGGCGGAUGCUCGUACCCCUCCUUUUCUGACCCCGCGGUCCUGUCAGGAGUGGCCUCGCGGUCUUCCAGCUCCGCGCACACCUCGGCAGGCGCCGUCCACAUCUCGGAGGCCACCACCACCUCGGCCAGCUUCAAGAACUUGGCCAAUCGGACACCCCCGCCCCACCACGGGAGCCUGUCAUAUGAGAGUUUACUGGCAGGUGGUGAUGAUUUUGACAAAAGGGUGGUGGCAGGAUCAGCAGCCCCUGAGGUUUCCUCUGGGAGACCCUGCACUCCAGCAGCAGGCGGCUACAACUCCGCCUUCCUGUCGUCCCAACAGAGAGAUGCUGAGAUGCACUCCCAGUCGCCCCAUCACUACCACCGCUCCUCACAACACCACCACUCCUUCCUCCAUCUCUCCUCUUCCUCCAAUUCCUCCUCCACGCCGCCGCCUCUAGAGAGGGAGCGCCUGCUGAGCGAGCUCCACCCGGGCUCCCACCCACCGCUCGCCAACCAUUCCUCGGCUCCCCCAUCCUCUUCUGCCCCGCCUCCUCCACAUCACCAUCAACACCAGCAUCAACACCACCACCACCAUUCCUCCUCCUCUUCUUCUAUGUCCCGCCACCCCCGCUUCACUGCCCCUCAAGCGCCACCCCAUCACGCUUAUCCCUUUCGCACCCGCUCCACUGACAACCCUCUGGGAUCCACCUCCACGACCCACCCUCCCCGCUCCCCGCACCCUCCACCUCUGGGCAAGUCGCUUUCUUACUCGAGUGCCGCCGCUGCCGAAAUGCAGUACCGGCUGGUCCGAAAGGCCUCUGCGUCAGCCGGAGCGAAUGCAGCGGGGGUAGGAGGUGGUGGAGGAGGAGGAGGAGGAGGAGGAGGAGGAGGAGGAGGAAUACAAGCGCCGAAGUGA